GACAAAGAUCCAUAUCUCUAUGGGCCCGGACGUUUAGAAGAGUCAAUUUCAUUCAGUCGAAUUCUACAAGUUGGUAGAACAAGUUGCAACUUCCUGGUCUCUAAUUUGUUAAGAUUCCGCUAAGAUAGCUUAGGAUGUCGCAUCUCAGGGGUUUGGGGCGACUGUUGAUCGCCGUGACCUUCUUCACAUGCGGUUUCUUCGUCAACAUUGGCCAGCUCUUGCUGAUCGUCCUUGUAAGGCCCUUCGACAAGCGGCUUUCCCGGAGUCUUAUGUACUACCUCCACUACUCCUUCUACUGCAUCUUAGUCUGUGUGGCGGAAUGGUAUGCGGGGAGCAAACUAAGAGUGUACAUUGAUCCCGAGGACGAGAAAAAGUUCUUUGGCAAGGAGCAUGGAUUGCUGCUGAUGAACCACACGUACGAGAUUGACUGGCUAACUGCAUGGAUGAUCACUGACAAACUGGGAAUUUUGGGAGGAACAAAGGCCUACGCCAAGAAGAUGCUUCGCUACGUACCGGUUUUGGGAUGGGUCUGGUGGAUGGCCGAAUUCAUCUUCCUGGACCGCAACUUCGAGAAGGACAAGGUGGUGAUCAAGACACAGCUUACGGAGGUAUUUUCUUAUCCAGAUCCAGUGUGGCUACUACUCAACGCCGAGGGCACCCGCUAUACUGCCGCCAAGCACGAAUUGUCCGUGAAGUUUGCCCAGGAACGAGGUCUCCCUGUUCUCAAACACCACUUGAUUCCGCGUACCAAGGGGUUCACUACCAGUCUGCCUACCAUGCGAGGCAUCUGUCCUGCCAUCUAUGAUAUUAAUCUGGCCUUUAAAAAGAAUGCUGAGCCAAAGCCCACCAUGUUGACCCAGUUGAAUGGUGAGCCCGUGGAACCGUACAUGUACAUUCGCCGAGUGCCAUUGGAUAAGGUUCCGGAUGGUGAAAAGGAGGCCGCCGCCUGGAUGCAAGAUUUCUUUGCUGAGAAGGACAAGAUCAUCGACAGCUUCCACGAAACCGGUAGCUUCUUUAAGAAUUCUGGAGUCAAGGAAGUUCCCGAGAAAAUCUACAAGCCCCGACUAAGCACUCUGCUUAACUUUUUGGGUUGGGCCACGGUUUCAGUCCUGUGUAUUCUAAACUAUUUGGUCAGCUCCCUGGUUGCAGGCAACUUUAUUGGCUUCAUCACAGUUUUAUCCAUCUUGGGAGGAUUCUACGGUCUCAUGGAGUACGCUGUUAAUGCUUCGAAGAUCAGCAAGGCUUCGGCCUAUGGCGCAGCUGCCAAGAAAUAGACUUUAAUUCCAGAGUUUUGUGAACUCGGGGACAUUUAUUGAUGAAAUGGAUUACACGUAAUCAUUACUCGACUGCAAAAACCCUAGAAAUAUAAUGUACAUUGAGUCUAAUGUACAAUAAAAAUGGAAGCAAACUGAAUAAAAUACUUUUUUUACGAA